GAUAACAAAAUCAAAGCUAAAAAAAAUCUUUUGUAAAUAAUCAAAAGAUUGUUGUGGAAAAAAAUUAUUUUACACAAGUAAAAUAAAAAGAUAACUUGAUUAAAAUGUCUCGACCAAUAUUGAGCAGACCACGUACACGUGUUUAUGGAUGUAAUUAUGACAAAGGAGAGUCAUACUACAAGCCAAUGGUUGAUCAUCUUGAUAGAAAAUACAGUUCACGUCCAUUAUUUUCGGAGCCAAGAAAUUCAUUUGCUGAUGAAAUUGCAGCAAGACGUAGUGACAUCGGAAGCCGUGACUUAUCAGGACCCCGUACGAGUUCCUCUGCACGUGACCUUGACCUCGAAUUUGAUACACCUAGACCCCGCAUCCAAUCCCACCUUGGAUCAUCAAGUGGUUUGCAUGAUGAAGAUGAAGAAAUGGUUUAUGAUAUACGUGGUCAACGUACAAAUCGUCGUAAUUUAGCUGAUGAUUUUGCAAGUGAAGUAUCAUCAACAACACGUAAAUUUAAAGCACACGCAGCAAGUUUAUCAUAUGAUACUAAAAAUUCAGAUGAAUUACGUAAAAGUAUUGAACGUAAUUAUGAUGAUAAAUUUAUUGAUGCUAAAACAUCAUUUGAAGAAGCUGAUGCUGCAUAUAAACGUCGUACAAAAUUUUUAAGUGAUAAUGAUGAUGAAAGAAAUGCUGCUAUGACAAGAUGGACUAAAUUGCCAGAUAUUGAAAAAAAUUUAACAUCAAGUGCUGCAAAUAGAGCUAAACAAACUAAAGUUAGAUUAGAAAAUUUAGAAAAUGAAAUGGAAGAAAUUGCUGAUAGACAAGCUAAACGUGAACGUAGAAGUGCUGCAUUACGUGCAUUUGUCAAUGAACAUUCAUCAAAUGGAAAUGAUACAUUACAAGAAAUAAUAACAACUAAAAAAGUAUCUAAAAGUGAAAAACAUGUUACAUUUUAGAUAUUUUAAUUAUUUAUUUUAUCAUCUUUACCAUAAUGAUAAAAUUACAUUCAUUUUUUUCUUUCUCUAUCUUUACUAUUACUUUAAUCUAUCACUCUCAAUAUUAUCUCAUCUUUCUUUCGAUCUUCUUUCAUAACUUGAAAAUAAUUCAAAAAAAAAAUAGAUAAAUUAAUAAAAAUAUAUACAUUUGUCAAUGAAACGUUCCUUCAAUCCCAUGUGUAUUAUUUUUAUCCUAUCGUAUAAUCAGAAAAUAAAUAAAAUAUACCUUAUAUGAUGUAAUUUUUUUUUUGUUAAUUGUAUAAAUUGUUUAUUUGUAAAUUUUACCAUGUGGAAUCCUAGCAUUUGCAUGUUUAUAUGAAGAUAAUCUUUGGGAUCAAGAAAUUUAGGUGAAGCAAAAAUUGAUGCAGAAGAUGAUUUGGAAUAUGUUUUUAAUGGUCUUGGUCGUGCAAUACCUGAUGAUAAUAUUGAGGAUGAUUUUGUAUCAU